GUCCUGUCAUUUGUCAAUUACGUCAAACGACCAAGCAGCAAAGAACCAAGUGUCAUGUCAGGCAGUCAGUCAUUGAGUUCAGUCAGUUACUUGUCUCGUCUUUUUUGCUUGUUUUUAAGUUUCGUACUCUGUUGUGUGUAAACGCUCUGUGGUGAUCAAACAAUUAUUUUCAAACUUCUAAGAAUAUGCAAACCCAUGUAUCAACAAAACUCGUCUAUUCAUUUAGUGAUAAUCGAAAAUAUUUGAGUUAGUGAAGUGUGAAACUGUGAACGGAUGACUUCCUACCAUAUGUUUGAAUUCGUACGGCACAUUAUCCCUAAUUUAGUAAUAACAUAUACGUCUAAACACGGUGUGACAAUACAACACUUUUAAAUGAAAGGUAAAAGUGGGGUAAACUCCGUUCAAAUGAAUAAAAAUGUCAACAGAAGGCAGUGGAGAGACACCUUCUACUGUGCCAUGUUUGCCAGGGGCUCCGGAGCAGACUUAUCUGUUUCCAAAACCGAAAGGUCAUUCGAGGUCUGUAAGUCAUGGAGGCACUCCAAUGCUCGCGGGGAAUCCCACCGCACCGAGACCGUCACUCAAGUCAGCGAUGCGCGGCCACCAGCGCGCUCUGUCACAUGGACAGAUCGGCGAGGGCGGGCGGCCCACCAGCGGCCCCGGCCACAGCCGCGCCGGCAGCCGCACAGACUUCAUCCUGCCGCCCGGCCACCGCGACCCGCCGCCACCCGCCACACAGCCGCGCAUCGGCUCCGUGCGAAUGCACUCCCGGCAGGCGUCGCGCACCGACUCCAUCUACACCAUCCGCCGCACGUCCGUCGUCAGCCCCUGGAGGCGCGCCGCCUUCUGGGUCCUACGACGUCAGCAGCCCGUUGUUGAUAAUCGGCAUCUAAUAGUUACUCCCAACCACCUGGUGCCAGACAAGACACCGCUCAAAGAUCAUCCUAAUGGAAAAAGAUGCGACAAUCAAAUUAGGACUACAAAAUAUACCUUAUUAUCAUUUUUACCCAAGAAUUUAUUUGAACAAUUCCACAGAAUUGCAAAUGUGUACUUUAUAUUCAUAGUGUUGUUGAACUGGGUGCCUGCAAUCAGUGCGUUCGGUAAAGAAGUGGCCAUGUUGCCCGUGUUGUUUGUACUCGGUGUGACUGCUAUCAAAGACUUGUUUGAAGAUAGAAGGAGACAUAAUUCUGAUAAAAGAAUAAACAACUCAUUCUGUAGAGUCUUCAAAAAAUCAGCAGAGCGGUAUGUAAGAGUGAAAUGGCGAGAUGUGCGGGUCGGGGAUCUAGUCCACCUGUCGAACAAUGAGCCGGUGCCCGCAGACAUGGUGCUGCUGCACUCCUCCAACCCUUUCGGGGUUUGCUACCUCGACACGUGCAACCUCGACGGGGAGACCAACCUCAAACAGAGGCUGGUUGUACCCGGGUUCAAGGAAAAGCAUUCAGAAUUUAGCCCGAUAAAGUUCAGAAGUUCUGUUGAGGUAGAGAGGCCGUCUACGAAAAUAUACAGAUUCACAGGCUGUAUCUCACACCCAAACGGAGCCCGAGUGCCGCUCACCUCAGAGAACCUACUGCUGCGGGACUGUACCAUCAAGAACACAGACUACGUGGAGGGCAUCGUGGUGUACGCGGGCCACGAGACGAAAGCCAUGCUCAACAAUGGAGGACCAAGAUAUAAGUGUUCAAGUUUAGAGAAAAAAAUGAACACAGAUGUGAUAUGGUGUGUCUUAGUGUUACUGUUUCUUUGUUGCACCGGCGCAGUCGGUUGCAAGAUGUGGUUGGACCAAUAUUACGUUACCUUAUACAAGUAUACCCCGUUUAUAACGAAUGUGAACAAACCUGCUUUCGAGGGGCUGCUCAUAUUCUGGACUUACAUCAUCACGAUGCAGGUGAUGAUCCCUGUCUCGCUGUACGUCACGAUAGAGAUGACCAAGUUGCUGCAGGUGUACCACAUACACAACGACAUACAGAUGUACGACCCGGAGACCAACACGCGGACGGAGUGUCGAGCGCUGAACAUAACGGAGGAAUUGGGGCAGGUCGCGUACCUGUUCAGUGACAAGACGGGCACGCUCACUGAGAACAAGAUGUUGUUUCGGCGGUGCGCGGUAAACGGUGUGGACUACGACCAUCCGCCCGGCCCGCCUGGGGAGCCCGCCGCCAAACUGCCUCCUAUCGUCACCCCCAUGUCCAAAAUAUCUCCGAACAGACGGUUGCUUCAGCACAUAGUCGAUAGCAAUGACGCUCAGCAUACGCAGAAGGUUCGUGAGUUCCUGUUAAUCCUGGCUGUGUGCAACACAGUAGUGGUCAGCCAGCCCCACGUUGACACGACGCAGGUGAGCGCGUCCAACUCUGGCGAACCGAUCUCCACGGGGAAAGUUUCCCGAUCGAACGGAACAUUACGAUCUAACGACAAAUACGCUCGAUUAACGGAAUCCAGAUCCACGACACCGUCACCACCGCCUUCCACUGGUUCCCCCUUCAGGCUGCGGCUACCAAAGCUCAUACUGGGCAGCAAGGAGGACACCAGCACUCCCAGCACCUCCGUCGAACAACCCGCCGAUCAUUCCGAAAUAAUCCGAUAUGAAGCCGAAAGUCCAGACGAGCUGGCGUUGGCUGAAGCAGCUCUUGCCUACGGGUAUGAGUUGAGGAACAGGACACCAGAUGAGGUGGAGGUCGGCAUCCGAGGGGAACUCACCAAGAUGAAGGUGCUUAGGGUGCAGCAGUUCGAUGCCACCAGGAAAUGUAUGUCAGUCGCCAUGAAAACCCCUACUGGACAGGUAGUAAUCUACGUGAAAGGCGCCGACACAACGGUCUUAGGCGCUUUAGCUCCGAUGCGCGCAGCCUCAGCUGAGCUGGCCGCUUACGACAGGACCCGGGCGCUACUCUCUGAGUACUCCCGCGCGGGUCUACGUACGCUGGUCAUGGCAAAACGAACCAUGAAACCUGCUUUGUGGGAAGAAUGGUUAGCUGGACAUAACCGUGCCAUGGAAAUUGGUGAAGGUCGAGAAAAACGCAUCAGGGAAUCACUGACUCGGUUAGAGAGCGCGCUAACUUUGAUAGGAGCAACAGGCGUGGAGGACAGGCUGCAGCAGGACGUGCCUCGCACCGUCCGAGCGCUGCUGGACGCCGGCAUCGUGGUCUGGGUGCUCACGGGGGACAAGCCCGAAACUGCCAUCAAUAUCGCUUACUCGGCUGCCUUGUUUUCUCAAGGGGAUCGGUUGCUGCAUCUCAUGUCUAGAGACAAGGAGCAUGCGGAAUCGACAAUCAAGAACUACCUAGAAAGCAGUUGCACGGCCAUUGAGAUGGGUACGCGAGCGCUAGUGGUGGACGGUCGCACCCUGACGUACAUCCUGGACCGUCGGUCGGGGCUGGUGGCUCCGUUCAUGUCGCUGGCGCGGCGCUGCUCCGCCGUACUCUGCUGCCGCGCCACGCCGCUGCAGAAGGCUUACAUCGUCAAGGCGGUGAAAGAGGAGCUGGGCGUGACGACGCUGGCGAUAGGGGACGGAGCCAACGACGUCUCCAUGAUACAGACUGCGGACGUCGGUGUCGGUGAGUUACUACACUGCAAUAAACAUAAGUUUGGGCGUAAAUCCGACAAAUUAAUAGCAAAAACUCGUAUGUCGUUCGUGUUCCUAGUAUUCUGGUUCCAGCUGUACUGCGGGUUCUCUUCCAUGGUAAUGAUAGACCAGGUGCACCUCAUGACCUACAACCUCAUGUUCACUGCUCUACCACCCAUUGUUAUUGGCGCGUACGACCGCGUGGCCCCGGCGGCGCUGCUGACGGAGCGGCCGGGGCUGUACGGCGCGUCGCGGCGCGGCCUGGCCUACCGCGCGCACUCGUUCUGGGCCGUGCUCGCAGAGAGCCUCUACGUCAGCGUCGUGCUCUUCUUCGCCAACACCUUCGCCUACUGGGACACCACCAUCGACCUCUGGGCCUUCGGGGUCUCCUGCAUGACCUGCUGUCUCGUCGUCAUGCUGCUCUACGUCGCCAUCGAGACUAGGAGCUGGACGGUGAUCCACGUGUUGGCGCUGGUGGGGUCGGUGGUGUCGUUCUUCGUGCUGACGCUGGCGUACCAGUCUAUCAGCGUGUCGGUGCUGAACCUGCCGUCCACGUACCACGUGCUGCACCACGCCGUCACGGAGCCCGUCUACUGGCUCCUCAUACUGCUCACCGCCGUCGCCGCGCUCGCGCCCAGGAUGGCGUACCACGGCAUCCGUAACUCGGUGCACCCGGGCUCGCUGGGCCGCGCCGUGGCGGCACGCCGCAGGAACCGCUCCUACGCCGCGCACUACCGCUCCGCGCCCCCACACGCCACGCUCUACCGGGCGAGAGACGAGGACGGGCUGCAGAAGCCGCAGACGGAGGUGGCGGCCAUCACGUGAUCCCCCCCCCUCCCCUAUAUAUAUACCUCCACUCGUUACACUGAACCUAGGCUGUGAUCUGUCGAUAGACCUAUUGUAAUUACAACUUUAGAUAUAUUGUGCUUUUAUACUGCAACGCGGGACCAACGCCCCUCGCCCGGCGCCCCACUGACUUGCUAGCAUUUAUCUCGGCUCACGUUCAUGCAAAUCGAGUGAUUUAUUACGUUCCUCACAUAGUGCAAAAAUAGUUUUCCCCCGAGCCGAGAACAUUAAUAUAACACGAAUUGAAUCUGAUUUGUAAACACGUUUUGUUCUUUGUAAAUAUUUUCAUCGCAAGUGUUCAAAACUUUAACGUAUGACCUACCAUAUCAUCGAAAUUACUUCCGAUGUUGUUAGUUACCAUAUAUAUUAUGUAUAACAUUUGUGUAGUAUUUAUAGUACAUAGUACUUACUCCGCUCGCGCGGUAUCUCAUAGAUCUGCCAACGUUGGAUACGUGGACGGUAGUGAGGCGACUACCAGAUUCAAUAAUCUUUUAAUACAUGUCUACUAGAUAUUCUCUAGAAUAUUCUUUCAUUCCAAAAUGUUUCCAAAUUUAAUCUCCAUUGACAUAUAGAUUAC